AUGUUUGGCAUGAACGUUGAAUGGGAUCAUCAGCAGCAGCAGCCUCAAGGCCACCACCGUCAUCGUCAACAACAACCGACCGAGAACAAAGGUUUUUUCAGCAAUCUCUUUGGCGGUAAGAAGGAAGACGAACGUCGUAUGCAAGCUGGCCACGUAUACUACUACACCUCGUCGCGCCCCAAUGCACCCCGCCGUGCUGAAACCAUCUCGGUCCUCCCGGCUGGCGUAAAAAUGCCAACCGGUAAUACGCCCGAAAUAUCGUACGGUGCUGAUGGGUCCAAAUAUCUCGUCAUUCCCCCAAGGCGUUCGAACAGCACUUCGCGCCCGCGUCAAAUUGUUGUCACGUCCGGCGGGUCAACCCCUAAGCGUAAGGACUCGACAGCAAGUGCUCACCACAGCCGCGACGCCCGGGCUACCCCUCGACGCUCGAACUCAACCCAAGUUAGGCCCACAAGUCCCCCGGUGACCCGACCCAAGAUUGUCGGGGAUCCAGAGCUUGUUAAACAGUACGAGAAUUCCCAACGUAAUGUGGCCCGUUGGGUUGAGUCAGUCGCCGAUUCCAAUAGCCCUCGUACUCCUGGUCGCUCUAGGCGCACCUCGACCCGGUGA